UCAGCCCCCCAUGCACGGUGCACUGAUGAGCAACUGAACAGGACGACCACCGACACCCCUGCUGUUUGUUGUCGUGGAAACGGAGCUAUGAAGCGACUGUACGUCGGCGGGUUGAGCCACUCGAUCACCCAGAAGGAUCUGAAGGAUCGAUUCGGAAAGUUUGGGGAUGUGGAGGACGUGGAGAUCCGGACCAGGAAGGACGACGAGGGUGUUCCUUAUAAAACCUUCAGCUACAUUAACAUCAACAUCUCAGACGGCGACUUGAAGAAAUGUAUGACGGUGCUGAACAAAUCCAAAUGGAAAGGAGGAACUCUGCAGAUCGAAACCGCCAAGGAGAGUUUCCUGCAGAGGCUGGCCGAGGAGCGGCAGGAGGCGGCGGAGCAGCACCUCCUUCAGCCGGCCGUCGAGGACAAGAAGCAGAAGAUGCUGGACUCCCUGAGCAAAGCCGGCGUGGACAACUUCACCAUGAAGGCCGCGGUGCCGGGGACCGAAGUGCCGGGACACAAGGACUGGGUGGUCAGUAAGUUCGGGCGGGUUCUCCCCAUCCUGCAGCUCCUGAGUCCGCAGGGCAGCCGGGCCCGGACGCUGAAGUACGACCCGUCCAAAUACAGCCACAACAUCCGCAAGCUGGACCGGGCCGCCGAGCCGCCGCCCACGCCGGUCUGUCAGCUCACCUGGGAGGUGAAGGGAGGAGACGACGACAUCAGCAAGAAGAGGAGGGGCGAGUUCCCCCCCUUUGAGCCGGAGGGACGCAAGAAGAGGAGGCCGGACACGCCGAGAUUCAAACCUGUUGACUCCGUCCGUCCCGUCGAGGCUCGUCGGUUCCCCAACAGAAUUGAACCCCCGCCCGUCCUCCGGCUGCCUCAGGUGAGGCGGCCGCGCUCAUCGGACUGGGAUCUCGAAUCGGACGAGGAGAUCCGCAAAGUGGCGUUGGCCCAGAACAACUCCCAUGAUGCACUGCGGCAGGAGGACGAGGGGGACACGAUGGAAGUCGUCGGACUCGACUACCUGAUGAAGUCUGGACGGAAAGGAGGUCCGAAUGAUGAAGACGAAAACGACUCCGCAGACACAGAUGAAAUCUUUGCAUCCAGGAAACCUCCUCCUCCUCUUCCUCCUCCUCCAGCGACCGCACUCCUUUCAGUAAACAACGGCGACCGGAAGAAAAAGAUUAAGAAGAAGAAAAGUCUCACUGAAGAGGAGGAGAAAGAGGUCGCCUCCAGGAAACCUCCUCUUCCUCCUCCUAAAGCGACCGCACUCCUCUCAGUAAACAACGGCGGCCGGAAGAGAAAGAUGAAGAAGAAGAAAAGUCUCGCUGAAGAGGACGAGUCGUCUGAAGAAGAGGAAGAAAUCACCUCCAGGAAGCCAUCUGUAAGAAAUAAGAAGAUGAAGGUCCUCCCUGUAGUGAAUCUCCCUUCCUCGGAUGACGAUGAGGAGGAUGAAGGUGGGGACGAGUCGUCAGAGGCUGAGGAAGAGGAAGAGGUCGCCUCCAGGAAACCUUCCAGUAAACAGAGUACUCAGGACCAAAGUAAGAAGAUGAAGGUCCUCCCCAGUACUCAGGACCAAAGUAAGAAGAUGAAGGUCCUCCCCGUCUUUAAUCUCCCUUCCUCGGAUGACGAUGAGGAGGAUGAAGGUGGGGACGAGUCGUCAGAGGCUGAGGAAGAGGAAGAGGUCGCCUCCAGGAAACCUUCCAGUAAACAGAGUACUCAGGACCAAAGUAAGAAGAUGAAGGUCCUCCCCGUCUUUAAUCUCCCUUCCUCGGAUGACGAUGAGGAGGAUGAAGGUGGGGACGAGUCGUCAGAGGCUGAGGAAGAGGAAGAGGUCGCCUCCAGGAAACCUUCCAGUAAACAGAGUACUCAGGACCAAAGUAAGAAGAUGAAGGUCCUCCCCGUCUUUAAUCUCCCUUCCUCGGAUGACGAUGAGGAAGAUGAAGGUGAGGAGGAUGAAGAUAAGGAGGAGGAGGAGUCAGAAUCGGCCGAUUGCAGCUCCGAUUCCGACUACGAAGCCAUGUUUUCCAACGUCACCCGUCUGGAGAUCUCCAUGGCCGACCUUCAGAGGCUCGCCGAGGAAUCCCAGCAAACCCCUGAGACUACAUCUCCCAGCAGCCUCGGCGCCUCCUCCGAACCAGGAACUCCCCUCGCGGCCGCUUCCUCCUCGCGGCCCACGCCCAAGAAAGGCACCACGCCGGAGGAGAUCCUCGCCGCCAUCAUGGAGGACUGCAGCGAGGACGAGAAGAAGAAGAAGAAGAAGAAGAAGAAGAAGAGGAGAAGUAAAGGCAACGUUUCAACGCCGCUGGCUGCCUUCCAGGGGACGAGGGCGCUGAGCGAGGGAUCAGAGACGGAGGAGAGGAGGAGACCGAGGGGAGGGGAGGAGGAGGAGGAGGAGGAACGAGGAGGAAGUGAGGUUAAAAAACUGAAGCUGAACCCCAAAGCAACGGGCUCAGAGAGCAGUGAGGAAGAGGAGGAGACGGGCAAGGUGGUGAAGAACAAGGCUAAGACAGCUUCCUCCUCAAGCAGUGAUGAGGAGGAGGAGGAGGAGGAAAGAGGAGGAAGUGAGGUUAAAAAACUGAAGCUAAACCCCAAAGCAACGGGCCGAAAAAUCAACGGACGGAAAGUCACAGAGGAGGAGAGCAGUGAGGAAGAGGAGGAGAAGGAGGAAGCAGGCAAGGUGGUGAAGAACGUGGCGAAGACAGCUUCCUCCUCUAGCAGUGAUGAAGAGGAGGAGAAGAUGAAGACCGUUCUGCCGGCUAAAGCUGCAGCUGCAGCUUCUUCUUCUUCGUGGUCCAGCUCCUCCAGCGAAGAGGAAGAUGAGGAAGAGGAGAAGCAGGCUCCUCCCCGGGUGCCGUUGGGAGCGAAGGAGGAGGCGGCGCGUCAGAGGAAGGCCAACGCCAGGCGGCUGGCCGCCGUCCAGAAGAGACAGAAAGAGGCCGAAGAGGAGAAGAAGCUCAUCCAGGGAGCGCUGGCCAACCUGGAUGAUCCGAAAGCCGGAGCUGGCAAACACAUCGUCUUCGGCUCUGAUGAGGAUGAUGAUGAUGAUGAAGAUGAGCAGCAGACCACCUCAAAGGUCACCAGGUCAAAGAUGGCGCUGUUCCAUAACGGCCAAUCGGAGGAGGAGGAGGAGGAGGAGGAAGAAGAGGAGGCCGCGGGCGGCGAGAAGGAGAAGGUCCCCAAGCCGUCUGCCACGCAGCUGUUUGGGGGCGACGAGGACGAGGAGGACGGCGAUGAAGAGGAGGACGCCAGCCGGUUUGACAUCAGGCCUCAGUUUGAAGGUCGAGGGGGACAGAAGCUGAUGGAGCUGCAGUCUCGCUUCGGGACAGACGAGCGAUUUCGAAUGGACUCUCGCUUCCUGGACGAGGACAAAGGGGAGGAGUCAGAGAACAAGACGAGCGUGACCGAGGAAGAGGAGGCUCUGGACGAGGAGAGGAAGAAGAACCUGUCCAUCCUGCAAGGCGUCCUCGGCGGCCAGCAGAGCGGCGGCGGCGUCAAGCCGGGCGCCAAGACCAAAACCUUCAGAGACAUGUCGGCGCUGCACUACGACCCGAGCAAAGAGGAACACGCGGCGUUCGAGACCAAGACGGAGGAAACCAGGAAGGAGAGCAAGAAGGCCCGGAGGAAGAAGAGGGAGGAGGGCCAGAAGCUCCCGGAGGUUUCCAAGGAGAUCUACUACGACGUGUCCGGAGACCUCAAGGCCGUGUUCGGUCCCACGAAGGAGGAGGAGGAGGAGAAGAAGAAGAAGAAGAAGGAGGAGAAGGAGGAGAAGAAGGAGAAGGAGGAGGAGGAGAAGGAGGAGGAGGAGAAGGAGAAGGAUGUGGUCGCUGGAGGAGACGAGGAGGUGAAGUGGGACCAAGAGGAAGAAGUCGGGGAGGAGGAGGAGGAGGAGGAGGAGGAGGAGCCGACCCUGCAGUCGACGCUCCUCUCGGCGGAUCCCGGACCGGAGAGCGAGGAGGCGUCCGGCUUCAAGUUCUCCUUCUUCGAGGACGACGUGGAAACAGGAAGUGGAGAGGCGGCCGAGUACAGAGUCGAGAGCAUCCAGGCGCCAAAGGUGUCAUGGCAACAAGACAUGCGUUUCCAAGACAGCAGCUCGGAUGAGGAAGAGGUGGAGGAAGAGGAGGAGAAGAAGGAGGAGCAAAGCAACGUCACGGCUCAAACCACAGAAGAGGAGAUGCCUUCAAAGACCGACCUCUUCUUCUUCUUCCUCGGAGACAGCAGGCUGACAGACGGCCCCCGGUCGUUCUGCCGAGCCUCUCACCUGGAGGAGCAGAGGGAUCAGUGGGAGGAGAGGAGGACCGACCUCCGUCAGGAGUACCGCAAAAAGCACAAGGACGCGAGGAGGAAGCUCAGGUCCUCCCUGAAGAGCUGAGCAGACGUCAAGAUCUUCAGAUUUUAUUUUUUAUUUUCAUAAAUGCGAAGAUGUUUUUGUGUUCAGGACCUGCUGUCUUUCCAUCUGGUUAGGUUGGUUGCUAUGGAAAUUAGGCUGCAACAGCAGCCAAUCACAGCCUCAGAGGACCAAACCUGUUAUUAAAGAAUAAUAAAUAAACAACUGAA